GCCGUUGGUGCGCCCACCGACUGCUCCGGCCGCUCGCUGCGUCUUCCGAGAGCGGCCAGCUAGCAGUUGACUCGCCGGACGGCCAGCUGGCGUGUCGCGCGCUCCUCCGCGCUCUUCAGCUGCUGCUCCCGUUGUCCACACGGCGUGCGCCUCAACGCUCUUCUCAAGACCACAGGCGGCUUGCGGUCGCUUGGCGGUGACCGCGGCUUGUGUGUGCGUUUGCUCGUUGCGGUGUUCGCCAGCCCAGCUGAUCGGUGUGUCUCUGACCGCGUGACUUCGGUUUCGUGUGCCAUGAGCUUCGGCCUGACAGGUCGUUUUCGCGUGCUGUCGUCCCCCGGAAUUUGACGCUACCGUCGCAUCGUUCGUGUGUGUCAUCGUCGAAGUUCGAGUGUCCUGCUGGAAAAAAAAAAGAAAAGAAAGAAAGAAAUGAUGGAGUGUACUCGCCGUGCUGCUAUAACCGUGCUGCUUGUGGUGGUCGCGUGCACCUUCGGAUACGCCGCCGGCUCGGCUGUUGAAGUUCAGUAUGACGUCACCUGCUCGAGCACGGAGAUGAAAGUGGUCGUGUUCAUCAAUGACUCGGCCUCUGACACAUACCUCGAGAAACUGAAGGCCUAUGCGGGUUGUCAGCCACAAGUGACACCCGGAAAGGCCACUUUCGUUUUGCCGCUGGACAACAUCUACGCUUGCGGAACGACAAGAAUGCACAACAAGCUCACGGGCCAAUGGAUCUACUACCACCGUAUCAUGGUCGAGACGCCCGGCGAGGAGACGCAAGUCAUUCUGGCAAAGUGCGUCCUCCCAGGGGGCUUCAACCAAAGCAUCACGUCCCGCGGACGCGCUCGUCGGGAGUCGCUUCCCUUCGACCUCGUGGAGCCAGAGCACCUGAACAUCACCGAGUACAUCGAGGCCCGGGCGCCCGUGCCUUACCUCGACGUGGCGAUACGACAGAAUGGCCGUGUGCUCGACACAACCCUCAACGUGCAGCCCGGGACGCCGCUGGAGAUGCUUGUAUUCCUCGACCCCAAGAGCAGAGGCACCUAUGGCAUCCUGACCAGUUACCUGAAAGUCACAGACAGUGCCAACAAGCAGGAAGAAGUGAUCGUCAUGAAUGGGUGCUCCAUCGACCCAUACAUUUUCGGCAACUUCGAGACUCUCGACGGUGGUGACACGCUUUCAGCCAAGUUCAGGGCCUUCAAGUUCCCUGAGUCGAACUACGUGCUCUUUGUUGGCACCGUCAACGUGUGCAUCAAGGAAUGCAAAGGCGUUCCGUGUGGCAACGAUCAGUACGGCUACGGUCGAAGGAGGCGCUCCAUCCCACCGGAGAUUCCAAACGACCCCAACAAAGUGUUUGAAGUGGAACUCACCACGUUUCUCAAGGUUCAGUACAGAGACGACCUGUUCACGCUCAAGAAAGGGUCCAUAUCGGGCGAGUUCGACGCCCGGACGGCCAACCAGCUGCCGCUGAAGCAGGCCGUGGACGGAGACACGUCCUUCCUGGACCGCUCUGCCGCCGGGCCGCCGGCGUUGCUGGGCGCUGGUCGCUGCUGCUCCUGCACGUUACCUCUGCUUGGCGUGGUUCUCGCAGCCGCUUACUCUCGGGCGACGCUCAGGCUUUCCUUCUGAUCACGCACGCGCGAUUCGCUGCCCCCCCUUUUUUUUCUGCCGAAGCUGCGCUUCGAGCCACCGAUCUUUGUUUUCGGUGACUCCCGGCGCAUCGAGAGAAAUACCGUUCCUGAGGGCGCAUGCGCGUGCCGACCAUGUCUGUGAGAAGAGAGGAGGAAAGCGGGAACUCUGAAAGUAAUGCUGCCACACGGGCUAGUUCACUGCUAGGUUCGCAAAUCAUGCUACUAGCGCAACGUAAACGUGGCACAAAUAGAUGUAGACACCGCGAACGAUUGCGGUGUUUGCGUUCGUGGUGUCUGCAUCUUUCCUUUUUGUCCCGUUUAUAUCGCGCUAGUGAUAUGAAUCAUGAACUCUGAUGGUAAAUCCUGCUCCAAGUUAUAUAGGUGUGCGUGUAGGAUCCCAGCAUAAGUUCUCGCAGGUAGGUGUUUUGAAAGACCUGAGAGAAAGGCGUGCCAGUGCGGCGAUAGCGUCAACUACGCUUGUACCAGGUUAAGAAAAUUUGUUUUAACUGGAGCCGUUGACUGAUCCGCCGAUCAAAAAGAAGCCGUGAGAAAAAAUGCCAAUGAAAGGAUUUGAUAAACGAUGCCCCUGUGACACUCAUGCUGAAACAACUGCGCAAUAAAGGUUUUCGAUUACCGAGUGCAGAAAAGGCAAGUACAUUCAAUUAGGCUGUGCUACAGUGCCCCGAGAAGCCAGAAGAAAAAAUAAACGCGCUGAAUUAAUUCUACGCCUAACGUCUUGCAUAAUUCGCGGUGCAUGGCGAACUAUCAGGGAUGUCACAUGCUCAAUUGAUCAGUUUAUCGUUGGAACCUUCCACGAGACACCCGCGAUGGUUUAUAAAUUUCCGCUAAAUAAUUUUCUACUUAUAACGCACUUUUGUGUCAUAUGUUCGUUUAUGCAUAGUCAAAUAAGCGAAUAAUUCGCCAAUAUUUUUUCUCGCUCGAAUUUCUUGCGCUAUCGUGGUCAACAAACUCAAGCUUUUUAAUAAGACAUAGGAUAAGUCGGUUCAUGUGAGUGUGUGUGCAAGUAAUUAUGAAUAGCUUUGUUCCCGAAUUGUACUAUUUUGUUUUCAUUCAGUGCGUUACGAUUCUAAGUGCGCUGGUCGUUCGUAUAUCUGUUUUGUUUAUACACGUCCUUUAACGCGGUGAAUACGUAUCACUGCGUCACAACCGAGGCAGCUAUAUUGUACUUAUAUGAAAUGUGAGAUUUCUACAAUAAGUGUUUUGUGCUGUUCUUGCUUACCAUUCACGUCAUAGCUUUCAUCAUGAAGGACAGUCACCUAGCUCCUUUCGGAAGAGAUCGCAAAACUGUACUGUGGUGGGGAAAAGUAAUUCUGUUAUCAGUAUCAACACAACGUCGACAGGUUGAACAACAUAACAUGUUUAGCCGGUCGCCUACUUCACGAGCGUGGGAAUAAAUAUUUACAUAUCUGUUGUCGUUUUCGUGGUUCUUUAUCGAAAUGAGAUCCUUGAAUUGCCGUAAAUGCACUCCUUGCUUCAAAUUUCAUUCUAGACGCCACGAAAACUAAACUUGUCUGUGUUACUUUCUGAGAAAUUUGUUAUUGCCACACAGGCAAAACAGUUAACAAAGAACUGAAAGCAGACGUUUGCUGAAUAUUGUGAUCCCGGAGUCCCGUUAAAAUAUUCUCUAAAUGAUGCCAUUUUCCAGCGGCAACUGCUAGGCUCAGUCGACAUUUAAUUCCCAGCUUAUUACUCCAAAACAACAUAUACACCGAAAAAAGAACAAAUGUUCCAUCAGCUUGUAAAUUCACUAUUGCAGGCGCGCAUUUAGUUGUCUUCAAAAGGCAACUAACAUUUUCCAGUUAACAAUGGUUACUCGUGUAACUGCCGACAAAACUGCUCCAUUUUCGUAAGCCUUUUAACAUAUGAGGCAGUGCACUCAGACCUCUCCGAGUAUGCUUCGAAUAUCAGGGAAUCCAAUCGAUUCGUUUGUGCUGACAGAAAAUUUUGAGGGAGCAUGGUUCUCAACCCACUGAGUGAUCGGCUGUCGUCCGCUAAGUUGUUCAAGUUCCACUCACCUUUCAUGUUGCUCCUAUUAUACCAGUUGACGACGCAUUGGCUUAAAAAAUGUUUAAUUUUGCAAUGCAUAAUGUAAAGUACAUAAAUUAGAAGAACAGGGUACAUAUGAACAGAUCAAAGGCAUGCGCUUCAUGCGUCAAGUCAUCGAGCUAUACAAGUUCUUGGUUUCGAUAGGGGGCGAAAUGUAAAAAAAAAAAAAAAAAAUUCCGCCUCAAUUCCACCCUGUGAGAGUGGAUGUACCACGAAGCUGUUGCCGACGUCACACAAGCGCAACCACUACAACCACGCAACCACUACACGCAACCACUAAUUUUUAAAGUCUUGCCCUGAUGUCCAUUACGGUCGCAGCACACUCUACGCGACCGAUGCAACGGACAGAGCGCCCACUCAUCAAGGACAGAUACAUCGUGUGCACACGUUCGUCACGCGCGCGCAAGUGUGCCGGAGUGCAGCAUAUGCAGCAUUCUAGUAGACCCUCCGCCUGGCGCAAGUGCGUUAUUGAACUAAUUCAAUUUUUUCAGUGUAACGUGCAUCAUAAAAUUUGUGAAGUACGACUUACGCACAGCCUGCAGACAUGAUAGCAUCGGAUUGUAAAUUGAACAUACGAGAAAACAUAAUUCUGUUACGCGGAAACUCAAGAUUGCACUAGCUCUUCAGAAAAAAAAUAUUUAUUUGUCGACACGGCAAUGUACACGCAUGGACGCAGAAAAUUUUCCGGGGUAGGCGUAUGGAGCUUCGCUGUAAAACGCUCAUUUACCAUGCAUUCGUUGCAUGGCAAACAAACCCAAGUGGUCGAAAUUAAUGCGGAGGGUCCCACUACGGCGUGUCUCAUAAUCAUAUCGCGGUAUAAAAAUCUAAAAAUUAAUCUCUUGGGAAACUAUCUUACUUAACUGUCUCUUGUAAAAUAUUCACUGCUGACCGAGUUAAGCACACCAUGUUGCCGUGACGGUAUCAUUCCAGCAGUUCAUAACAGAAACGUUGCUAAGAACAUGCGCCGGGCCCUUCAUGAUUCCAAUCGUAAUAUAACGACAAAGAAGGCCGCCUAUUAAUGACGGGCAACAUGAAAACAUAUUAUUCGAGCUCUUACAACGUAUUCACUAAGCAGUUCGUGCUAUAGAAUGGAGGCUGGGAAAUGACAGACAGUUCUUAUGAAAGAAAUGCUUUGUAAACUCGUCCCUUAGAUUCUAUUCAGGGGCACUUCAUGGUCUCAACCACUCUUGUUUCAUACAUAUAAAGUUCAGAGCGGCUUCACUACGCUAUCGCGUCAUGUGACACGCAGAACAGCAUUACUUUUCGUUGUUUCUGUGUAUUUUCGUCUAAAACACAGUCAUAUGCGUCCCCGCCCCUGUACAAACUGUAGGCGAGAUCUUGUACAGUUUUGUAAAACAAACGAUGCCGAACUGAAUAACAUUGACUAUCACUCACCUACUUGUUUAGCAGUUAUCGUUUUUUUCUUUAGUUCUUUUAUAUUUUUACACAGCCGUGAAAUUUAGGGUACGACGUAAAAAGGUUUCCAUGAAUAUGUGAAUUGAAUUUGUAUGACUUGCGUGCUCUUCCUUGCGCAUUAUCUUUAGUUUCUACCGAAAUUUACGUGUAUUAGGCACGAAAUGCACACUAGGACGUGAGCCGAACUCUGCUCAGGGUUGUUAUGAAGGGUUUGCUGAGGACAGUGAAGUCGAUGGACAUCUGUUCGAUGACAAUGUUUAAUGUCACUAUGAAUAGUCCACGGUUUGCUCGAAAGCGUUAACGUAUUGGAUUCAAAGUGUUGCGGUGCUACAGGCGUUGUUUUAUUGAUGCGGUACUGAGCAAUGUGGCGACGAGGUGCUUGGAACGACAGAGAGCUGAAGUAGUUGGUAAACCUGAAACUUGCAGUGUCAGGUUUGGCAGCUCGCGAACAAUUACGACUUCUCUAAAAAGCCACAUGUCAAAUUAAGAUAUUCGCUUCAUGGGCUAUCGCGUAACUGGUUUCGCCGAAAUACGUUGCAUUUAGAGGAGGUUUAUAUCUACACAGAAAUAAGUUUUGCAAACUGAAAUUUUGUGGAUUUGUUCAAUGGCGAACGACAGUGGGCUCAAACUGCACCUGUGAGGAGGACGCUAUAAUUAUAACAUGUGCUUCAAUUUUGACCAACUAGUGCGCACUAGAAAGUCAGAAACGAGAUUUUCAUAUUUCAUAUAGUUUUUGUACCGUCUGUUUACUGUUCAGUGCAGUUCUCUUCUUGUCAUGUUUGCUCACUACAAACCGUAGCCAAAAAAGAAAACUUGGUUUCUUCCAUUUAACAAUUUGAUUUAAACCUGAAUGGUAAAGGUGCCAGCCAUGUGACAGACGAGCGCCAUUAACUGACCAAAAGGUUAAAUGUGAACAGACAAUUAGAAUCAUGGAUUUCGGUUAGGGUCUCACAAUUUGCAAGAACUUGUGGAAAUUAAUUUUAAGAAAUGAACCCGCGCCUUUUACUAACCAAUAACUUCAUGUCGAAACGAUCACAAUUAUCUAAACGGAUUGUGCUAAAAUGUCGGGAUCAUAAAAAUGUGACAUAAAAUUUUGCAGUUCAUUUGAAUUAAUAUUUUUGUUGAAGUCAGGGUUGCUAGGAUCUAGUGGACAAAUUAGUGGCAUAAUUGAGAGCGACGUGUCAUAAAUAAACUUUGUGCGCCUUUCCCAACCUGAUUGGUACAGUUCACAGUGGGGGUACCUGUUUUUAUUUAGAAGUGUAAAAUCUACUUUUUGUUUCUUGCUUUACUUUCCUGGAAAUUUUCGAUUUCUGGCAACUUUCGCAAGAAACAUUUAUGGUGAGCCUAAAUGAAAAAACCUAUUAUAAAAAGUUGGUAGAUUUCCGAUUUUAGUAAAUGCAACAAACUACAUUUAAAUUGGUCCGGUGGUGCCGAAAUGAGAGCAUGUGUGCGUUUCACAAGUGUUUGAAUGACGAAGAUCAAAGGUGAAUCGUUGUGCUAAGCAGACAUUGGUUGCUUUGAAAGGCCUUGGUGUAUGGCUUAUAGUUUGGUAGUGGACUGACUAAUGAAAGCACAAUAAAAAAAGAAAGCUUAUUGGCAGCAUUCCUUAAGCUAGAGAAAACAGCAAGGAUGUUUUGUUUGAAUCGUUGCUGAGACUCACGACGUAAGCGAAUGAAAAAAUGCCCUAACAUUGGGUAUUGCGUAUGACACGUAUGCUUAAGUACUCCUGUUAAAUUCUCUGUCUGACCAUUCAUUUGUAAAUCGACACCACUGUAAUCACAAAGUCGUGUGGAAGCAUUCAUAGAUAUUUGGGCUUUCUUGAGAAAGUGCUGUACAAUAGUCUGACGUUUUCCAACGAGCAGUCGUGUGGGCGUGUGACGUUGUAGCUUUUGCUGACUGUUGAACAAGCAGCACUAUUUAUGUGAGCUCUGAACUCCAUCCUUUAACUGAGAAUGUUCUUGGCACAUUAGACGCCGCGAUUCACAAUCCCGCCAAUUUGUCAACGCACAAAGCAAUGGCUUUUAGCCCGCCCUCGCUACAUUCAUCUUGGCCGACGACCACCUGUGUCACGAAGUCAUGCCCGAAGGUGCUACUAAACAGGACGCCGAGUAUUGGUCAUUUAAUUGAAGAUUACCACGUAGCUCUACUUGUGCAGAAAAACUACCAAAAAUAAUUGUUGUUUUCAUUAGCAAAAGCUAACAUAAAAUAUAUUUGCCUAUAUUUGAGGUUAGCUGCACAAGCACAAUUCAUAUGUUUCGCAAACAGGUCCUGUACAAGAAAAGUCACAGAAAAAAAUGUCUCUUCAUUUGUUUUGCGUAUUUUUGGAAUUAAUUUUUACAUGAAAUUUAAAAAAAAUUCUCUAGAACCUGUCAAUUUUUCGACAGCUUCUAUAAUCUGUCCAAAGCAAAUAAAAAAGACAGACAAGAGGUUCAGCUGAAUGUUUCACUUGAAACAAAGCGAAACAAAUAUAGAAUGGCAAUUAGCCACGGCCUUUAUUUUCAAGCAACGUCUGGCGUCGCUUCGUGACGUUGUUGACCCUCAUCAAGACUGUGUGUCCUUUAAGGCAGGAACAUUGUGCCAUUACAUGAGUUCCAUCACUAUCAUCGGCCAAUGUCAUCAUCGUAAUGCAUAACUGAGUCAUAGGCAGCAGUGCAUUGCCAAAUAAUGAGUGGGUCAUUUGCUGUUUGUUUGUGUUCACUUUCAAAACAACGCACUAAUUAUUAAACCUUGGGGCGUUUAUGUACGGGCCUUGCUCUCGAAUGUCUCGUUCAAUUUACGUACCCCACUCGUUACUGUUCUCCUUUUGCACCUUUACGAAAAGUUGUACCUGUCUGUUUGUGCUACUGUAAAUUCUUUUUUUGUGCAAGUCGUCAUUACAGAUUACCUGCUUGUAAGUCUUCGACUUAAGGGUGGUGUUCAAACAAAUUUGUUUAGUCAUUGAUUGGUGUGUUUUGUUUCUCUGUAAAACUAGGAUCUGCUUUGUUGUGCAUUGCCUUUGUAAUUUACUUAUUCAGUGUUUGUUUUGUGCACACUUCUAUUCUUGUGUAUUGUUUUCUAUUUUUUUGCAGGCGUUUUGUUGAAUGAGGGACGCCAGAAUGAAAGCACUCGCGUCGGCCACGUGAAAGUGUAGUAGCGUUCACAUCCUGCUGACAUUACUAAUGUACAUACUUUGGAUGUUCCAAGAGUGUAGCGUUUAGAGGUACUGGCAAAGAAAAAUGUCCAGUAGCCAUGUCAAAUAAUAAAGAAACGCCUUAACAUUUGUA